AUGGAAAACGAAACGCUAAACCUAUUGGAUAAUAAUUAUAGCAAUGAAAUACCACAAUCAGAGUUAUGCGGUGAUUCUGAAUUUUACACAUUGGCACGAUUUAUCUUUUUAAUGAUUGCAUCAUUUAUUGCAUGGCUUGGUACCUGUGGUAAUUUACUUUUAGUUUAUAUUUUUAUGACACGAACUUAUCCAACGUCAACAAAAUAUCCUACUGUGUUAGCGAUUCUUGAUGCAUUAAUUUGUAUUCUUUAUAUUAUGUUAUUUGGAAUUGAUGCAGCAAUUGUUUAUCUUAAAGUUUCAAAUUUAUUCAUACUGUAUCAUAUUUAUAUUGUACCAGCAUAUGUUAUCAGUCGAAUAACACAAUUAGCUAUACCAUAUAUGCUAAUUUUAACAACAUUAGAACGUUUUGUAUGGAUAUCUGGUCAGAAGACAAAAAAAUUUUUGAAACGAAUGUUUAGCGAUCAUGGCCAUCACAUUACAGUCAUACUUUUAUUACUUUGUUGUACAAUUUCACGUCUACCAACAGCAUUUGCAAUUGUAGUACAUCAUUUUCCAAAUUGUAACGAUUUUUUGCGCACACAAAGCACGGGACCAGCUGAUUGGGUACACGAUAGUAAAGUUUAUUAUUUCUUCGAUUUUCAUCUCUUAUCAAUUGCUCAAACAUUUAUUCCAUUUAUUGUUCUUGUUGUGUUUAAUUUUAUUAUUAUUCGAAAAUUACCAAAAGAAAAUUUGGAUCGAGGAAAGAAUCAUACGAAAGAAACAGAUCAAGAAAAUGGACAUUUUUUAAUUGAGCAAAAUUAUUCUACCUCAAUUCAUAAUCAACAAUUGCAACAGGAACAAGAACAAGAACAAUUUUCCAUUUCAAAUGCAUUAUUUGAAUUUGAUGAAUCGAAUCGAAAUACUUCAAAAUUUGAGCAUAAAUCAAAAUUAUUAAAUACCAUCUGGAGUUCAAAGUUCAAAAGACGUAAUGAUUCAUUGUUUGAAGCAAAAAAUGGAAGUAAGCUAAUGAUUAUUAAUGUAAAUUAA